CCUGUCUGUACUAGACGAUGUAGGAUUUACGGAAGAGGAGUCCCAGGCGUGGCUGAGGAACUUCCGUAUUUUACAGCACGAAAAUGACAGCGACUUUGCGCCCCUACUUAAACGCUGUGAAGGCCACCUUGCAGGCGGCCCUCUGCCUGGAGAACUUCUCCUCUCAGGUGGUGGAGCGUCACAACAAGCCGGAGGUGGAGGUCAGGAGCAGCAAGGAGCUGCUGCUUCAACCCGUGGUGAUCAGCCGCAACGACAAGGAGAAGGUUCUCAUUGAGGGAUCCAUCAACUCCGUCAGAGUCAGCAUUGCUGUCAAACAGGCCGAUGAGAUUGAGAAGAUCCUUUGCCACAAGUUCAUGCGCUUCAUGAUGAUGAGAGCGGAGAACUUCUUCAUUCUCAGGAGGAAACCGGUAGAGGGAUACGACAUCAGCUUCUUGAUCACCAACUUCCACACGGAGCAGAUGUACAAACACAAGCUGGUGGACUACGUCAUCCACUUCAUGGAGGAGAUCGACAAGGAGAUCAGCGAAAUGAAGCUGUCCGUCAACGCCAGGGCCCGCAUCGUCGCUGAGGAAUUCCUCAAGAACUUCUGAUGGCUUGUUGGUCCCACACGAGUUGGGAAGACGCUCCGAAAGAGCGGGAAAACUACAGGAGUGAACAGCCAAUCAGAGAGGAGAUGAGAGGAACGUGACCAUUCCGGAGAGGACAGCUUUGGCGCCCUUCUCGAGUAUUUCCCAGUACUCCUUUUUAUCAAUGACUGUAUAUAAUGAAAUAUUUCAUUUUUCAGCCACGUAGAACAAAUCCCCAAUUCAAAGGCGGGUCCAUACAAGUAUUAAUCAAGUUGGUUGCCAUGACUACAGGGGCACCGAGAGCGCGCUGUGGCAAAUACACCGGCUAGGUUUCUGUUUUUUUGUGCGCGUGUGUACGCGAGUCUGCGUCAUCCGUCAUCGUGGUUUAUAUAUAUUUUUUUCUUCAAUUUAGUUUUUCAAAAUGUCUGUUCAGGACCGCCAUGUUUGCGGAAAGUAGUCCGUAGUGUGCCUGUCGUGAAGCAAGAAGCCACCCAAAAAACACGUCUGAAAAAAUAAUUAUGAAAUAUAAUAAAAGUCCCUUGUUUAUA